UAUCAUAUAUGAUUUCAUUCCAGCAUAACGCAGAUUAGUGCCGGUAAACACCUGCCACGAUUAACUCCAACUUCCCCGAUCACACGAUUACCGUUCAUCCUUUACCUUCGUCAUCUGAUCAGUUACCAUGGGCUGUCACACUGGGAAUAUGACUCUUAUCGGGGAGGGAAUUCCUGUUAAUGCCACCUGCUGCUGCUUGCCAUUGUUGUUAAUGUUGGAGACGGUGCGAAACUGCAACGUUCGAGUCACGGAUGAUUUCCUAUUUCGCAUGGGAAAAGAGCUGGAAAUCUGGGAAAACCAGAUUACGGACAAAAUUAUGGAUCAGGCGGAGAAAGCGCUAGACAUCUGGGAAGCACAAAUCAUGGACAAGGUUGCAUUAAACGUGGAGUUGUACAUGAAAGAACCCGUUGAUGCGAACAAAUCCUAUAAUUGGAUUAUGAUCGGUGCAGUGUGUAUCCUUGCCGCUGUGGGUAUCCUUUCCAGCUGGUUCGGGGUUCCGGCGCUGAUUGUGGCGAUAAAAGAAUGGGAUAUUCGCGACCAAAAAGACGCCGAGAAGUUAAAGGACACCGACAGCCAUGCGGAAUGGUCUCAGCUUGAAUAUCUUUUGAAAAAAAUCCGGGGCGAAGUGGAGGAGAUCGAGAAACAUACAGCCAAUCAGCGCCGCACCUUUGAUAAGCAAGAGGAAAGGAUUGCGGCGUUGGAACGUAAUUUCGCUGCUCUAAUCAGCGGGUUGUCAGCUGCAAAGAUAAACCGUUACAGCGGGCAGCGAGAAAGCUGGGAUCUGGAACCCGGUUGCCAGGAUGUCCAGGUGGAGAUUGCUCAGAAGGCACACCAGCUAGGCCACACAGUACAGAAACUGGAAGCUGCAGCAGCGGAAUUGGGAGAACUGAUUACCGGCAUUCGGCGGUCAUCCAGACAGCAAACCGUUUGGACCAGCGAUGAAGAAAUCUUUUAAAGCAGAGAAAGAGAUCAUGAACCCAUCCAUCAUCAAGCUCGCCGACCUCGUCCUUUUCCAGCGCAGAAGCUGGGUCGGUUUAUUAUAUCCCCUGUUGCAGUCCGUUGGCAAGUGAUCAGGCCAGCGGCGCCUGAAAGGCGUUUUAUUUUUAAUUAAUUUUAUUGAUGAGUAAUUUCAAGCAGACUACUCUGACACAGGUAGUCAGGUACUAAAUAUCAUGUUGUUUCAUUCACUCCAUGCUUGCCUCUAUCAGCCAGGUUUUGCGCAAUAAGAGAGAAGGU